CGCGGGUACACGUGUUCCGUUAUCUCAGAUAAUAUCAGUUCAAAUAGAAUUACCUGAUAUUUGGCGAUUUAAUUCGUAAACCAUGUAUUUGUGCAAAGUAUUACGACUAAAAAUAGUUUUAUAACUGCGGACGUUCGCGAAAUGUCGUAGGCCUGUUUUGGUGAAUAAAAAAAUUGUGUUUUUUUUUUUAAUAUGUGAUGAAUGACAAUGAUUUAAUGAUGCCGGAGGAAUGAUUGGAACGUUUUGUUGUGGACUAAAUUUCUUCAAAAUGACGAAAUUAGGCAAGCGUGAAGCGAUUGUCAUGUGCUUUUUUCUUCUAGCCAGAGGGAGUGAGUGCCAGUCGCGAGGGUCUUCGCUGGAGCUGCUGCACACAAACAUCACGCGGCUCAGCGAGAAGACCAUACUCCGGGCCGGCUACAGGCUGGAGGAUGUGCAGCACCUGUCUGUGAUAGACGCGCCCAAGUUGGAGCACGUGGUUGUGGACGACCUGGCCAAAAUGCCAAACCUGCAGACCUUGCGCAUCAGCCAGGCGCCGCUACUGCACCACAUCGCGCCGCUGCCCGCGCUGCCGGAACUACGCACAUUCAUCGUGACGACAUCCGGCCUGCUGGAGGUGCCGAUCCUCAGCCACGUCCACGACAACAGCAGACCCAACUCCGCGCUCACCUACCUGCAGGCGGUGGACCUGGAGGGCAACCACAUCCGGCGCAUCCCGGCUCACGCGCUGCGCGUGCGCGCCGAUCAAGUAUCGCUGAACUACAACCUGAUAGAGGAGGUGCCGGCAUACGCGUUCAAGAACUCACAGAUAGCCAAGUUAAGCUUCAAAGGCAACACAAAACUAAAACACUUGGACGAGCACGCUUUCGCCGGGAACCUUCUGCUCCGACAACUGGACCUCAGCAACACUCGUAUAACGUCGCUGCCGACCAAGGGUCUGGAGAAGCUGGAGGUGCUGCGGAUAGAGAAGACACCCUCGCUCAAGUACAUACCCUCCAUAUAUGAGUUCCAGCAUCUGGAGCGCGCGUACCUGACGCACCACUUCCACUGCUGCGCCUUCGACUUCCCCGAGCGACACGACCCCGCCAGGCACAAGCUGUACGAGACCCAGCUCGCCGCCAUCGCCAAGAGAUGUGAACACAACCAGAAGAAGUUGAGAAGACGGAGAGCUGCUAACAUGGAGGGGUCCAAGAUGACGGUGCAGAUAACGAGCGACGACACAGCCACCACCAGCGAGGAGUACGAGCCGCCGUCGAGCGAGGAGGUGGACUCCGGCAGCUUCGAGUACUACGACGACGGCUUCCACGAGAGCGUCCCCGUCAACGGCACCAUGGGAGUCGCCUUCUUCGCCGAGUGCGGGAACUUCAGUCACAGCCGAAGAAAAGUCGAGUGUACACCGGCAUCCAACGCUCUAAACCCGUGCGAAGACGUAAUGGGCUGGUCAUGGUUGCGGGCUAGCGUGUGGUUCGUCAUCUCCGCAGCGGUCGUCGGAAAUAUAGCCGUCUUGCUCGUUCUUCUCAUGAACCACACCGAAAUGACCGUGCCCCGGUUCCUCAUGUGCCAUCUCGCUUUCUCCGACCUUUGCACCGGGUUGUAUCUCUUCAUGCUAGCCGUGGUCGACCUCAUGUCUUUCGGCGAGUUCUUCAACUACGCGUACGACUGGCAGUACGGCGUCGGGUGCAAGAUCGCCGGCUUCCUAUCGGUGUUCUCUGGCCAGCUGUCGGUUUUCACGUUAACCAUAGUCACUUUGGAGCGCUGGUUCGCGAUCACGUACGCCAUAUACCUGGAGAGACGGAUCUCUUUGAGCGCGGCGGCCAAGAUCAUGAUCGGCGGUUGGUUGUUUUCGACCCUGAUGGCAGGACUGCCUCUAGUCGGGGUUUCCGAUUACUCGUCCACUUCCAUCUGCUUGCCGGUGGAGAGUGAGAACGUGGGGGAUGCGGUCUACCAGGGGUCCCUCUUCAUGACAAACGCCGUCGCUUGGGUCACUAUAGUCAUCUGCUACGUCCAAAUCUACAGAUCUUUAGGAGGCGGCGGGGAAAAGUACGGGGGGAGGGGCGCAGCCGCGGCCGCCGAGAGGCGAAUUGCGAACAAAAUGGCGCUCCUGAUCGGAACCGAUUUACUCUGCUGGGCACCCGUAGCUUUCUUCGGGGUCACAGCGCUGGCAGGGGUGCCGCUAGUCGACGUCAGUCACGGGAAGGUGUUGCUCGUGUUUUUCUACCCCCUGAACGCUUGCGCCAACCCGUUCCUAUAUGCGAUCCUGACGAAGCAGUACCGAAGAGAUCUGCUGACCCUCGUGGCUCGGACGGGGAAGUGCAAUUGGCUGGUGGAGAGGUACAAGCUGGCGACCACCCCUCCCCCCACCGCGCACACCAACCCCUCCGCGCCCGCGCUCCUCCCUCUUGUAGACUAUCACCGGUCGACGUCACAGGUCACAAAAGAAAACGGCGAUGCAGAGAUUAUCUAGGCUUAAGUGUAUUUAUAUAUAUAAUUUAAGGUUCUGAUAUUAUAGUUUUUAAAUUAUUUAA